AUGGCUACACGAGAGCGGAACAACGUGGAAACAGGCAACUCGGUGCUUGGUGAGGAUGGGGUGGUGGAGGGCAGCUGUAGGUUCGAGGUUCAGAUCAUGACCGAGUGCGGCCUCACAGCACAGCAGCUGGACAUCGUCUAUGCAGCGGGCCAGGCUCUCAUGCCGCUGGGUACUUUGUACGGGCUACAUAGAGCUGGUGUGGGUCUUGGCAUCAUUCCGGGCGCUCUCUUCGACCUAUAUGGCCCGGUGGGGACAAGCCUUUACGGCGCAGCCUUCUCCGUUGUGGGAAACCUGGGCCUGGCCUUGAUGCUGCGAAGGGGCUCCGUGGCCAUUUUCCAAGCCGGGCUGUUCACCAACAUCACCGAAGCCCCGCCAAAGAUGCAGGGUGUUGUCACUGGCAUUGUCUCCGCUGGCUAUGGCCUAUCCGCAGCUUUUGUGACUCUCUUGUUUUCGUUCUUCAAGGAGGACCUGGAACUCUACUUCAAUGGAACUGCCUUCCUUUUCUCAGUGACCGGGUUGCUGGCGGCAUGUGUAUUGCCGUUGCUCCGUAGUGGAUCCCGCGCAGCUGCCUACGGUCGGUUGGACCACAAAGAUGAGGCUGCACGACGGUCGCCACCGCCAACAUCGUAUGGGCGGCAGGAGCAAGAUGAUGCUCCGGAUUCUCCCACUCCAGUUUCCUCUACACUCACACUGAGCCGGCGAGAGAUCUUGUGCCGAGCUGAUUUCUGGUUGUGUCUCCUGCCCUUUGUGCUGGUGCAGAGCAUCGGUUCCGGCCUCUACAUCGCCAAUCUGUCCCUGAUUGCUGACUCUCUCGGCAUUUCACCGGAUAGCCGAGCGGUCUACGUCCGCACCUUGUCCUACUGCAAUUGCUUGGGCCGCUUCUGCAGUGGCUUAGCGAUGGAUGCGCUGGAGCCCAGAGGCAUCUAUCGGUCCGACCACCUGCUCCUAAGCACCGUUGCGGCCAUCCUGGCCUCGCUCGCUCUUUGUCUCCUGCAAGAGGAGGUUAUUCCGACCAUGCUGCUACCAGCAAUAGCGCUGAUUGCAGCUGCCUAUGGUUCCAACUGGGCGAUCAUGCCAUCCUACAUCUCUAAGCGUUUCUACGGCUCGCAUGUUGGCGUCAUGUUCAACAUCCACUCGGGCCACUUAGCGCUGGCUGUGCUUCUGAUGUCCUACGCGGUUGGCGGUUUGUACGAUGCACAAGCUGACUUUCAGAAUGAAGGUAGCUUUUGCCGCGGGACGGUUUGCUGGCGUGCAGCGUUUAUCCUUGGCUUGGGUGUGCAGGCCGCAGCAUUUGCAGUGUUGCUGGUGCUGAUGUGGAAGGUUCGCCGGCCGUCUUCCGACACCAGGGGUGUUGCUCCGGAGAAGACCUGCCAUGAGAAGUGA